CCAAAAGGAUGUGAUGUCAAAAUGGAGGCUUUGCUAGAACGAAUGCAAAGGCAAGGACAAGGCAGUGGCUUCCUGACUUCAUGUGAGGCUGAACUACAGGAGCUGAUGAAGCAGAUAGACAUUAUGGUGGCUCAUAAGAGAACUGAAUGGGAAAGCCAAAUACAGGCACUUGAGUCCUGCUUGGGCGUCCGAGAGCAGGAGCUGUCCUCUCUUCAGAAUGUGUUGGAUGCAAAGCACAAAGAGAUUCAGAGAUUGUGCCUAAAAGUGGAAGAGAUGGAACAGCUCAAUCAAGCUAUUACUAUGGAGUAUGAACAACAUUUAAAGAAAGUUCAGGAGGAGCUCCUCAGGCUGAAAAGAAGUUAUGAGAAACUGCAGAAGAAACAGCUGAAAGAAGCUAGACAAACUACCAGAUGUCAUGGGGAGGACUUUGAGAAGUCUGAAGUAAACAUUCUGACCAAGAAAUUAGAGGAGUUCCGCCAAAAAUCUCUAGAUUGGGAGAAACAGCGUUUGCACUACCAGCAGCAUGUGGCUUCCCUGGAAACACAGAGGAAGGCUUUGGCUGAGCAGUCCGAGCUCAUUCAGUCUCAGCUCUGCAAUCGGAAACAAAUGUUUGAAUCUGUGGAGCUGGCAAGCCAGUCUGAAAUCCAGCAUUUAAUGAGUAAACUGGAAAGAGCCAAUGACACUAUCUGUGCUAAUGAAUUGGAAAUAGAGAGGUUGAGUAUGAGAGGGGAUGAUUUGAAUGACAUCAACCAAAAGAUCCUGGAGGAACAGGAAAGACUUCAAGAUGAACUGAGACUUUCCAAGAACUCACUGGAGGUUUUACACGAGGAGAAGAUGGAACUUAGAGCCACACUUCUGUCUCAAGAAGACUUUUUCAACAGCUUAAAGGUUCAACAUGAACAAUUGCAGAAAGAGGUAUCCAGGCUGACUGAAACCUUGUACAACAAAGAAGCUGUCAUCAGUCUAGGGCCAGCAAAUGCAAAGUGUAUCCAGCUGAAUGAAGAACUGACUGAGAAAUGCCUUGAGCUGCAGUUGACUGAAGAAUGCCUUUCCCAGGCAAAGUCUGAGAUCAAAAAGUUGAAGGAGCAGUUGUCCCACAUGGAGCAAAGUCACAGUAGUGAGCUGGAAGGAAUGAAGCAGGAGGUCUCCCAGCUAACAUGGGAACUACACCACCGCGACAUCACAAUUGCCUCAGCUAAUGGUUCUUCCUUGAACUUGGAUCAGCAGCUAAGACUGGAGGUUGAAAAAGCAGAGCGAAAGGCAGUGGAGCACAGGGCUGUUCUGUCUCAGUUGGAAAUUCUCCGACAAGAAAAUCACCAUCUCUCAGAAAUGCUGCAGAAGGUGAAAAGUACGUCUGUGACAGAACUCCAGGAAAGUUAUGCCAAGGCCCUAAAUAAAGUGGAGGCUGAGAACCGGCAACUACAGAAAGAACUAGCAGAAACUCGAGCCAAACUGGAAGCUUCCUCUCAGGUCUCCCAGGACAAAUAUGAGAAUAUUUUGCAACAUUUGCAGCAACAAUUGACUGAGUUCAAGAAUACAGAGGCCAGGAAAGUGGAGGAGCUGCAGUACAAGCAUGACGAGGAAAUGAGAGCCCUUCAGGUUAAGCUUGACACAAUUGUUCAACGCUGUGAAGAAGAAAUCCAGAAAGCAGAGCGUCCGUCAGUCAGAAAGGUUCCAGCUGCGUUAUCCCCUCAGAUCAGUAGGUGUGCCUCACCUGAAGCCCUGUCCUGUGACCCUCACCUGGAGUCAGAUUUGUUGCAGCUUGGAAACAAGAAAUGUAUUGAUGAUGAGUCGGAAAAGCGUGACAUAAGUAAUGAAAGGGAAAUUUUGUCUUUGAGCCCCCUUCCUACUGAAAACAUUGGUGUGAUUGCUACCAAGUUCCUGGAAGAAGAGGAAGUACGAUCUCAGCAUAUCUUGGAACGCUUAGAUGCGCAUAUUGAGGAACUGAAAAGGAAGAGUGAAAAGACAGUGCAACAGUACACACACCGGCAGUGACAUUGCUUUAAAGGGUAUGGACUGGUGAGAGCCAGCUUAAUUUGAGACACGUCCAUCAGUGGGUAGAAGUGCCUGUGGCCCAUGCAGCUGUUAUUGGGCUGUUCAGCAGUGGUAAAACCAAGAAAGUGAGUUUUAUCUGAAG